UUUCGGCCCUCCCCUUACGCCGAACCAACACCUGCGCCGCCGUCUCCCUUCUCCUCUCUUCACGGCCGGCAGCCUCCUCCCCCUUCUACAAUGGCUGAAAGUGAAAUCACCUCUCAAUCCUCCACCCAAAAAUCUCCACAUCUGGCCUUCUCCGUCUCCAUUGUCAAACUCCAUGUUCCAAUCCAACUCAGCUUUUCUCAACCGAACUACAAAAAGUGGAUCCGCUUGUUCCUUCUUCUUGCACGGCGGUUCAACCUUCAGGGUUAUCUCAACGGCUCUAUUGCUCCCAUCUCCGACGACGACGAUGAAUGGUUUCAGCUCGACGCCAUCCUCCAGGGCUGGAUUCUCUCCACCAUCACUGAUGAAGUUUCUGAUCUAAUUAUUUCCUUUGUUUCUACUGCUUCUGCUCUCUGGACGGUGAUUCAUGACCUGUUUCACGAUAACAAACAUGCUCGGGCCAUGCAACUCGAGCAUCAAUUUCGCACCACCGUCAAAGGCUCUACUCCCAUGGCUAUGUAUUGCCAAGAGCUCAGGAAUAUUGCGGAUUGCCAUUCGUCUUUCACUUCAACCCUAUCCCGUCUCUCUCCCGGUUACUGCGAACGCCACUCCUCCGCCAGCCUUCAACGCCCUUCCUCGCCGCCGACGAACGUUCUCGCCAGCCCUCCUGCCACGCCGUCCCGCCCAUCCGCGCCAGCCAGGCCGUCUUCCCCAGCCGCGCCGUCAUCUCCAGCCGCGCCACCUGCGCUGCCCACCAGCCGUCGCCACUCGUCGUUGACGCCGCUACACGCCAGCCGUUUCUCUUCCCCGCCGGACAUCCUCUGCAUCUUUGCCGUAGGCGUUUCUAGAAUGAGUCCAUUCGAAAAUCGUGAGUUGAUGUAUAAGAAAUAUGAGAGAGAAGGUGUUGUUAGUCAAGAAUGGGUGGACAACGUGGUUGAGUUUGUAGAGUACUGUGAGUCAAGUCCCAAUGUAGAUAGGUUGGAUAACAAGAAAAUGCGAUGUCCUUGCAAGAAAUGUAAGAACAUCAAGUUUUGCUCAUCAAAGAUUAUGCUGGAGCACAUUUUGCGGUUUGAGUUCACACCCAAUUACUUUGAUUGGGUUUGGGAAGAGGAUCCGGAGUUCUUGGAGUUGAGUAAGACGAAGAAGAAGAAUAGAAGAAAGGGAAAAGAGGAUGGUCCUGCUCUUGGGACUUAUUGCGGAGGUUCAAUUCCAUUUUCUGAAAAUAUGAAUAGAUUGGCUAAGAAGAAAAGGGCGCCUGUGCAGUUGGAUGAGGUUAUCAUCCACACAAAGACAAAGAAGCACGAUGGAAAGACUUGGGUGGAUCCGGGACAUGCUGAGCUACAGUCACAAUUCUUCGAACUGCGCGAGGAGGCUAGACAAAAUGGACUUAAAGUCACCGACGAAGAAAUAUGGUACUCGCUAGUCGAGGGCUAUAACGCAAAGAUUCGUGUUCCUGGAGUUGGUGACUACGCACGGGAAAUGAAGAAGAUCAAUCCGUCCUCCAAACCUCGCCGUUCCAGCACUAGCAGCAGCAGCGCAGCGGAGAUGGCAGCCCUUAAAGAGCAAAACCAAAGGCUGCAGGAACAACUUGAUAAUCUAACCUCAAGCUUGUCGCUGACGAUUCAGGAGGAAAUAAGGAAGUUAUAUGGUGGUAAUCUUCCUCCACGAGGCAAUGACGAUGGAAUGGGAGGGGCAGGACAGCCCGGGAUUUGUUGACAUCUUUGACAUUUGAAACAAGCACUUUAAUAUUUCGUGUUUUUACAAGAUUAUGAAUUAUGUUACAUUUGCACGUGAAGGAUUAAUUAAUCUCGUUUUGAAUUAUGUAUUUCGUAUUGAAAUUUUGUUUAGAAUUAUGCGUGUGAAAUUUGAAUGUG